AUGAUAAGCCCACACGCGGAUGCUCACUCACGACCCACCGGCGCUCGGAGAUACAUGAGCAAAGGCCAGCGCGCAUGCGACUUUUGCCGAUCUCGAAAGUCCGCCUGUCGUAUUGACGUUGCUCCACCCUGCCGUCUAUGCAGUGCUCGCGGUCUGCCCUGUGAGUUCACGAACCGGGUAGUUCGCAAAAAGCCUGCAGCCCAUGUCCAGAGAUCGUCUGCCUCAUUGAAUUCGAGCGAUGAAGAGCGGAUCCAAGAGCCUAGAUCAAGACUGUCAUCGGAACUUGUGCAGCGGAAUAUGGCGUUUAUGCCAAUGACGGGGAGUCCUGUUCCUCUUAUGUCGCCUGGAAUGGGCGACUUUUUAACCCAUGUCGAUUUGGAACAGGGGCUUGGUGGUGAUAGCCGUGACAUGGAUACCUCUGAACAGCAGCAUCCUUCUUCCGUUCCUAGUGAGGGUGAGAGAGCUAUUAUGGAUGAACUGAUGCUGAGCAUUUACGAGACGCAGGGUCUCUCCCAUAUAGAAUCUAAUUCCACCCCUGGUCGGAUCUCUCUUGACUAUCAUGCGUCGCUACCGUAUCAGUUGUGUGGGCUGACGGGUGAUAUGGACCCUUACGUGCUUCAACAUUAUCGAUUCAAUGAGCGGUCCGAGUUUGCUUUUUCUAAACUUAGGAUUCGCAAUGUUUCAGGUCCGGAAAUACCAGUGCAGUUUAUGCUAUCAAAUCGUCCUUGCAACCAAGAGUCAACCAGAAAGCAGGGAGCCACGGAAGAGGCAGCUGAACUGUCACAAAUCGUGCCCCCGGAGAUAGGAGAGCGCCUGAUUCACCUGUUCUAUCGAUUCAUCAAUGGGCAGUUUCCUAUUCUAUCUGAAGCUGGCCCACCAGUUGCUUCGAAGGCGCCGGCGCAUCUCCUAGCAGCAAUCUACUUGAUCACGCAGCCUUUUACGACAUUUGAUGAUUUCCUUUGUAUUGAGCUUGUAUACAAUCCUCCAUCACCGGAUGUAUUACUUGAUGUCGCAUGGAAAGCGCUGAACGAUGCGCUCAGUGAGCCCACAAUAGCGUCUCUCCAGGCAAUUCUUAUUCUUCUCCUGCAGCCACCCGCAGACACAUUUCUUCUUGAUAGCACAUUCAAGUGGGUGCUGUUAGGAAUGGCUGUUUCAAUAGCACAAACGCUCGGAUUGCAUCUUGAUCCCAGUCAAUGGAAUUUACCCGUUGAAGAAAUUCGAACCCGAAGACGAUUAUCCUGGCUUACUUAUGCAGUUGACAAGUGGCUAGCCUGCAGUUUCGGUCGCCCAAAUCAUAUUUCAAGGAAUAAUUGGCUAGUCACGGAGCUGGACGUGGAGGAUAUUCACCCGGAAAAUGGUGAUAAUGGUCAAUUAUAUCCUUUCGAAUUCUCAAAACUAACCGCCAUUUUGGAUAAAGUCUUAACAGAUCUUUAG